AUGCCUAAGGAGAAGACCACCCGCAAGGCUAAGGCCGAGCCCCGCACCACUCGCCGCAAGAAGGACCCCAACGCUCCCAAGCGUGGUCUCUCUGCUUACAUGUUCUUCGCCAAUGACAACCGUGAUGCUGUCCGCGAGGAGAACCCCGGUAUCACUUUCGGCCAGGUCGGAAAGACCCUUGGUGACAAGUGGAAGGCUUUGACCGAGUCUGAGCGUAAGCCCUACGAUGAGAAGGCUGCUACCGAUAAGAAGCGCUACGAGGAUGAGAAGGCCAAGUACCAGGCCGCUCAGGCUGCUGGUGAUGAUGACGAGGAGUCCUCGUAA